CGCCACGCCCACCAUUACCACCAACACUUCACAAACCGCCCCCAAAACCUUCGAGAACCACCAAACCUUCCCCUCGAAGAAAACCGCCGCGACUCAUCCUCCGGCGAGAAGAGGAGCCAUGGCGUUCCGGCUGAGCAACAACCUGAUCGGCAUCCUGAACGCGAUCACCUUCCUGCUCUCCGUGCCCGUGCUGGCGGCGGGGAUCUGGCUGGGCGUCCGCGGCGACGGCACCGAGUGCGAGCGCUACCUGACGGGGCCCAUCAUCGCCAUCGGCGUCUUGCUCAUGGUGAUCUCCAUCGCGGGCCUCGUCGGCGCCUGCUGCCGCGUCACCUGGCUCCUCUGGGUCUACCUCGUCGCCAUGUUCGUCGUCAUCGUCGUGCUCCUCGGCUUCAUCGUCUUCGCCUUCGUCGUCACAAACAAGGGCGCCGGCGAGGCCGUCUCCGGCCGCGGGUUCAAGGAGUACAGGCUCGGCGACUACUCCAACUGGCUCCAGAAGCGGGUGGAGAACGACGGGAACUGGAACAGGAUCAGGAGCUGCCUUCAGAGCAGCAAGGUCUGCAAGUCCCUGCAGGAGAAGAGGGAGUCCUGGGACGAAUUCAUCCGCACCGAUCUCUCCCCCAUCGAGUCCGGUUGCUGCAAGCCUCCGAGCAGCUGCGGUUUCACCUACGUCAACAGCACGCAGUGGACCCCCGGCGGCGCCAAUUCAUCGUCGGACCCGGACUGCAACACGUGGGGCAACGACGCGUCGGCGCUCUGCUACGGCUGCAGUUCGUGCAAGGCCGGCGUCGUUGCCACGCUGAAGAAGGACUGGAAGCGCACCGCCAUCGUCAGCAUCGUCUUCCUCGUCUUCAUCGUCAUUGUCUACUCCGUCGGCUGCUGCGCCUUCAGGAACAACCGCAGGGACAAUCACAACCGUGGCGGGUACAACAAGCAGGGCGGAUACGCUUGAUCGAUCGGAGCCAGCAUCGGUUCGAUCCGGCCAUCGUGACCAGCUAGCCACGCUUGUCGCCGUACUCUUCCUUUCAUGUGACCAUGUCUGUUGAUCUAGCUUUGUACAUGCGAGGUUUAUUCUGGACUCUGCUCGUCUACUAGUUUACCCUAUGAUCAGGAUUAGGUUGUAUAUGCUGUUCUUUGAUAUGGCAGACCAUUAUAUCUUUAUACAUGAUAUUUAUUUCAUAUCUA